UUAAAUAUUGCAUUAUCUAUUUUUCGAGGGAAAACAUUUUUUUAUGGGAGAAAAAAAAUACUGCCUGCCCAGUUGGACGGCCUCAAUCGAAUGCCACCAUGGACAUAGAUGAAAAACAUACAAAGAUAAUUCGCGAUGGACUUAAAAUUGUUAAGAAGAAUUGUAUGAAAUUUGUCUUGUUGAAGAUUGAAAACUGCAAUGCAACCUAUAGCAAUGAUUUUUCAGAGGCUCAAGUGAAGUACAGUUUAUUUAAAAAACCUGUUGAUAAAUAUGAGAGAGUGUUGAGUUUUCGCUUUACAGAUUUGUUUAGUGACGGAAUUAAGGUGAUAAGUGAUUUUGUAAAUGAUUGUGGAAAUUUUGAACAACUUCAACUCCAUGAAAAGACUGCAGUCCAGCGGUUCAGUGAUUUCUUCAAAUAUGUCGGUUCACAUGAGGAGAGUCUCAAAAGAGUGUUUGGAGAGAGCCAAGUCUCAGAGACAGACAUGAAAAUAGCUGUAGCUGAACAUCUACUGGGAAAGAUUUCAACAGGAUGUACAUGCAUUAUUGAUAUUAAUAAAUUAAAAGACAAGGGAAGAUGUAAGUGUGGAUGUGGAAUGUUUCCAUCGUUUGGAUACACGGGGAUUGGUCAUAAGGAUGUGUGGCAUGGGCAUAUUGAUCUCAUCUUGUCAUCUCAUCAUGGACUACCUUCCUCUGAUGUAGCUGUAAAAAUGGUUGAUAUAUGUGAAGAUGAUGUGCCUGCAGAGGAAGAUGAAAUUGAGGAAGAAAUUCCAGGAAAAAGGAGAAAAAAAGAAGGCAAUUUAGAAGAAGCCAGGCAUGCAAGAGAACAGACAUUAGCACAAGCAAUUGUCUUUUCCCUACUUCAAAAGCAGCAGCGACCUAAUUUGAAACAUUUUCUUAUUCCAACGAUUUUAAUAUCGCCAGAAAGAAUGCAAAUUGUGAUGUAUGAUGCAGAAUAUGAUGUGAUGCUCUGCAGUAACCUUAUGGACUUGUUUAUUCCGGGUCCUGAAGGAGCGUGCCUGAGACCGGAGACAGUGAUUAUAAUUUGGACGGUUCUCCAUUAUCGGAUGUUCUGUCCAGGCCUACCCAUUCAAACACGUUCAGUGCUUCAUGCUUAUAGAUCACAUUUCCAGGAACUUGCAGGGGAAAAAUGGGACAUAUAUUCCAAAAAAUUAGAAAGUGAAGUUGCCGAAUUUCCAGUGAUUGAUGAAGAGUGUGACUUUAAUGACGUCUUUUUAUAUACCAUGGAUAUCAUUGAUGAUGAAAAUUAAUGUAAAGCUAUAAAGUUAAUACUGAAUUGUGUUCAUAUUUCAAUUUCCUUCAGCUUUUUUUAAGGAAAUAUACGGACUGCAUGUGCAUUUUUUUUCUUUCGUUAAACAUGGCGGUUUAAAAGGUAUGAUUUUGAUAAAAGCGUAAUUUCACUUUUCCGAGCCAGUUAGUCAUGUGAUACAUGUACAAUUCAGGAAGUUGGCGAUUGAAAAGCUUAUACAUAUUCGUCAAAAUUGUUUGUAAAUCGAAUGUAAAAUCGUAUCGCAUGACCACCCAAACAAACAUCAACUUAUCUGAGCAAGAUAAAAAAUAAAUCAGCAAGAAAUAUUUGGAACGUCAUAUACAGGGGCUCAUUCCUGACUUGUAAUAUCGGAUCCACGGGGUAAAUGGGUAAACAUGGGAUAAAUAC